AAAAAUACUCGAAGAAAGAGUUGGUUGUGAAAAACUAGAACUAGAAGAACUGCCACCAGAAGACGCCGAUCUCGUUCGCCCGAAGAACUACCUAAUUUAUUUACACUCCCGCUGACGCCGACACCAAACUCAUUUAAUUCAGUGUUUGAUUUGACCUACAUGAUCCUUAAACUACCCGAAUCAUCAGCUGUUUUGCGAUUGCGGGAUUGAUUUGUGGUUGCAGUGAAUGUGAUGGAACACUUAUUUGGUACCGGAAGAAAAGAAGGACAAGUUAGGUAAAGAGAAUAAAAGCAUGGCAUUAGGUGUUUCAAAGCUCCCUAUGAAUAUGAUCAUGAAAGUAUUGCUGCUGAUAUUUCUGAGCUACUCUGUAGCAUACUCCUCAUCUGCGUUUGAGUCUACAAUGCACACUAAUAAUUGGGCUGUUUUGGUCUGCACGUCUCGCUUCUGGUUUAAUUAUCGGCAUAUGGCCAAUACCCUGUCAUUGUAUAGGACAGUUAAACGGCUAGGAAUACCGGAUGAGAGGAUUAUACUCAUGCUAGCAGAUGACAUGGCAUGUAAUGCUAGAAACAAGUACCCUGCCCAAGUUUUUAAUAAUGAAAACCAUAUACUUAAUCUGUAUGGGGAUAAUGUUGAGGUAGACUAUCGUGGCUAUGAAGUGACAGUGGAAAACUUUUUACGGGUACUUACUGGACGUCAUGAGACAUCUGUUCCAAGGUCCAAACGACUUCUUAGUGAUGAGGGAAGUCAUAUUCUUCUGUAUAUGACAGGGCAUGGAGGUGAUGAGUUUUUGAAGUUUCAGGAUUCGGAAGAGCUUCAAAGUCACGAUUUAGCUGAUGCUGUGAAGCAAAUGAAAGAGAAGCGCAGGUUUAAGGAGCUUCUGAUAAUGGUGGACACCUGCCAAGCCUCUACUCUUUUUUCCCAGCUUCAUUCACCAGGUGUUUUGGCAAUUGGAAGUAGUAUGAAAGGAGAAAAUUCAUAUUCACAUCAUUUGGAUUCAGAUGUUGGCGUUUCAGUUGUUGAUCGUUUUACAUUUUACACUCUUGCUUUCUUUGAGAGGCUGAAUAUGUAUGACAAUGCUUCGUUGAGCAGCCUUUUCAAUUCAUAUAAUCCAAAUUUGUUGAUGUCGACUGCAUAUUACAGAAUGGAUAUAUACCAACGCUAUUUAAAGGAGGUACCUGUGACAAACUUCUUUGGUUCUGUAAUGAAAACGAUACAUACUGAUUCAGCCUACAGAUCCCGGUCAAAUAAAAAAAUUGAGGAAGCUAAAAGCAAUAUGUCUUUGGAUGAAUCAAUCUCUGACAGUGACUCGGAUGACGAGGAUCAAUUUAAUAAUUUAACUGCUGAGAAAUAUCUCUGGUAUAGUGUUGGACCACUAUGGAGUGCUAUUCUCAGCAAUGCCAAUACUUCUGAAAGCAUCGAUACUUUGGUGUGCUAUGGACUGCUUUUAAUGCUUCCUUUGCUGAUAUUUUCCACAUGGCUGUCAAAGUAAAGAUUGGGGAAAUAUUCCGUAAGUUUGUUAGCAGAGCAGACACAUUUCUUUGAUGCUGCUAGAUGGCACCGUUGCUUGAAAUGCAAUUUCACCCGAAAAAGCAGAUUAUUUGGCUGCAUAAUAUGUGGGACGCAAACUACUGGUAGAGCAGCUUCAUAGUUGUUGCCUAUCAGCUGUAUUCUGUUAGCUAUUGCUUUUGCCUUGGUGCAGUUUAUUCUGGUAGCCAUUGGUGAUGUUGGCUUGCUGCUGCUGUCAUGUUUCGCCUUGUAUUUUGAUGAUGAUUAUGAUUAUGAUUGCAAACUGUAAAAUUUUUGUAAAACCUCGCUCUAUUUUUAGAUAUUAUGUUGAUGUCCAACAUUAGAACACUGCUCUUUUAAGAACUCGGAAAUGAAAAUGCUUGAUCAUUUUAUCUACUUGUA